AUGGCUCCAGAAAAACAGAGACCUGUUCGAAAACGCCAAAAGUACUCAAGAAAUGGCUGUAUGGCCUGCAAGAAGCGUAAGGUCAAAUGCGACGAAACAUUCCCCACUUGCGGACGAUGUGCGAAAAUCGGCGCAGAAUGCAUUUACUAUAGAGUCUUCAAAUUUCAGGGUGUCAGUUCUGCGAAAACCGAGCCCGAAGCCCAGCUCGUGCCUCAUUCGAAACCAGAAUCUGAGCCGGAAUCAGCCAAUGAAACGAGCAAGUCUGUGACCGAAGGGCUUUCGAAUCUGUUGGCGAACCAGGAGAUGCUUUUCGGAGGAAUAGCUGGACUGUCGGAAUAUUUCGAGAAUGAUAACAACGUCACGGAUCUUCAGUCGUUGUUGCCAGAUUAUGACUUUUCAAAUCUUCAGCUUGAUAAUAGAGCAAGACAGGCUUCAGACAGCAAUUCAUCAAGCUCUGAUUCGGUGCUGCGGUACGACUACCUUUACAAUCUUAGACAAAGCUUUGAUGAGCGAGACCUGAACAAGAUCGCCAACUCGUUGCACAUCAAUGCUUCCGAAUCACUGCAUCUACAGGCGUUUGUGAAGGAUGUGCACUUGAUCCUGUUUCCUUUGGCGACUUCUUACCUGGAAUCGCCAUUCAUUGUAACUUUUUUAGCAGAAGCACAAAAAAGUAACUAUCUACUCAACGCGAUGUUGGCAUCUGGAGCUCGUUUUUUAACAGAAAAAGCGCGAAUCGAUAAGGAAAUCCAUUUGUCAAAGUUUGGUGGCCAAGCUGACAAGAAUUACAUUGCUGAGCUCGACACUCAGAUCGAUAUCAACGACAAGUACCGUGUGCACUAUCUUUCCAUUUGUUUUCAAUCGCUCCGGGAAAUACUAGAAAACAUCAACAACUCGGACGAGAAAGUGGAACCUGCGCUGCUCACGAGUUUGAUUUUGGCCGCAGAUUUGUCCUCAAACAGAGACUAUCGCUGGUCGUUGCACCUUCGCGGAGCAAAACAGUUUCUGGGGAAAUUCAUGGGAGAGAAGAGUAUUGAUUCGGACUCGCUAAUUCUAGCACGCUACCUGUUCUGUUCACUGGAAAUUUCCUCAGGGAUAGCCUCUGCUGGCGCGAGCAGCCUGGAUUUGGACGAACUGGCCACUUGGAUUCCAAUCCCAUUGAAUCACGGACCGCUUUCUAAGCUCAGCAAAAUGGGGAUGGUUAUAGAUGGAUACAUUGGCGACAAUUUUUGCGAAGGAGGGUUCAAGAUGUACCUAGGAUAUAGCGACGGCACGGCGGAGGUGGCUAAGGAGAUUGUGGCUGCUAAACGGAAUGAGAAGAUCGAUCCAUUCACGAUAGCACAUAUUUUUUCAGUGAUAGACAAAGCAAAACAGUUCCGAGUGGUGACUAACAAAAGGCCAUAUAUGAUUCCAAUUGAUUCAAAAUACCAUCCUCUAUACAAAGGUGCCGACAAAACGCAACUUUCAAUCUCAGGAUACUACCAUAUAACGUCUGAAAAAUUGCGUGAAGGAAUCAUGACCUCAGAAUCCUUAGAGAGCGAUUUUGAGACACACAGCUGGUUUUCAUUCUACGAUUUCACCCAGAACAUCCGGCUGGAAACAUUGUAUUUGUAUGUGUUGACGUCUGAGCAAUUUCUGGGUUGCAAGGUUAGCAAUCCGGUUGUUCAGCGGUUGCUGAAGAAGGUGCUAGAAUCGUGCUGUUUCUUCAUACAGCUAAAACACAAAGAUUUGACGGACCUGGAAAGCUAUUACAACUCACUCAUAAUGCUUGAAGAGACAGCUGCCAAAGUUCAAUAUAACGAAAGCACCAACAGUUUUUUCCUCAACGACGAAGAAUUGGAGAUGCUGUGUCAAAAGCACAUCUCGAGCCUCCAACCAAUGGAUUUCGAUAGAUACGUGAACAUCGAGAUGGACCACCGUAUCGCAAUGUUCCAAUGGUGUCUAAUUAUGUGUGCUUAUUGCUGCAUUGAUGCUGUGGACAAAGUGUUGGUGGACUGUCUGCUGCAUACGCUACUGGCCUUUGGACUGAAAAGCGUGAGAAUGUACAUCAGUAAGGUGAAAAAGAUCUGGACGCAGCGACAGCUUCGGUACAGAAACCCUUCCGGAAAGGUAGUUACGCUCGACGAGAGCUACGAUCAGCAAUUUUUCACAAAGACUGAAUUCUCGUUUCUCUUCACCUAG